UCGUCAUGAUGGCCGCGAAGCGUAGCCGUCAACCAGUUAGUAGUGUAUAGUGUUUAAAAAAGUGUAAAGAAAUGCCUAUGCUGCGCGGCCUGGAGGUUUCGGGCGGUCUCUCAUUCGAUAUUUUAUUGAGAGGAGUUCUGGCAUUGUUGUUUAUGGAGCUGGAAAGGGCGGACCCAUUCACAAGAAAAAUUCACGUCGAUGAGUUGUGGCUCUACAAAAACCCCCGUACUGAUUCAUAUGUGCCAACCACCAUACUAUGGCCGCUUGUAUUUGUCUUUCCAAUAAUCGUGAUAUGCUUUACAUUCCUUGUAACAAAGGACAGAAUCGACUUUUGCCAAGCGAUAUUAUCAGUUACACUAGCUCUUGGCCUGAAUGGCCUAGUUACUGAUGUGAUAAAACUGAUCGUAGGUAGACCAAGACCUGAUUUUUACUGGCGGUGUUUUCCCGAUGGAGUUGGAAAUGCUGAAUUUGAAUGCAGUGGAGAUGUGGCUUCGGUCAGAGAUGGAAGAAAAUCAUUCCCCAGCGGACAUUCCUCUUUUGCGUUCGCGAGCCUUGGAUUUAUUUCUCUGUACCUUGCUGGUAAGCUCCACACAUUCGGACUAGCAGGGAAAGGACAAUCUUGGAAAUUAUGCAUUUUUCUGAUUCCACUAAUCAUCGCAUUGAGUAUAGCACUUAGUCGUACCUGCGACUACCAUCACCAUUGGCAAGAUAUUACUGUCGGCUCAGGCAUCGGGAUAUCACUGACAUAUAUGUGCUACAGACAUUAUUAUCCGCCAUUGGAUUCGCAAGUUUGUCACCAACCAUACCAUGCACUUAAUUCUAAAAUGGAAAUCGAAAUUACUAGAACGAGUAAGGAUGAACAGAUUAAGUGGAUUUAAAAAAUUGUACUGUUAAUGAACGUGCAAAGUGGAAUUCAUUCUAGUUAGCUAAUUUAAAUCUGAAAAGAUUUUAGUUGAAUCGAAUUUAAUAUUUAUUACUCCCAACAAAUGUAUAUCCUGAGGUGUUUUUUCUUAAAGAAAUGUACUUAAUUUUUCAAAACUCAUUUUUAAACAUGUACAUAAAUCAUAUAUAUACCUA